AUCCAUCCAUCCCCUCCUUUUCUUCAGCUUCCUCCGUCAUAGGUGACGUUGCAGCUCCCCACAGUGAAACUCUAGAACGUCUGCCGCUGAGCUUUCUGCUGCGAGUGGGGGGAAAAAGGACGACGACGACGAAGACGACGGCAGAAGUGGAUUCUCGGAAUGUUUAGCCACAUCGGACCUUGCAACCCGAACCCGCAGUCGAAAUGUUCCUCCGGUUGUGGCGCUGCGCGGACGUGGACGUGCUGACGGCUGUUUGCGUAACUUUGUUGCUGCUGAAAACUUGUACUUGUUCCGCCCAGGAGGACGACGACGACGACGACGUCGUCGACGGCGAGAUUUUGGAGGACCGCGAAAUUACAGAGUUUUACGGAAAGGGUCUCUUCAUCCUGGAGAGCAACCUGCUUCAGCGCUGCGUCGCAGUGGAACGGUCCAACCUGGUGCUGCGGGACUGCCGCCGUCCCACCCGCCGCAUGCUGUGGAAGUGGGUCUCCCACCAUCGCCUCUUCAACUGGGGCACAAACACGUGCCUGGGCCUCAACAUGUCGGACCCCGCGCGGCCCCUGGGGACCUUCCAGUGCGACGUGGACCUCCCCGUGCUGUGGUGGCGCUGCAGGGGCAACAUGCUGUACGGGGCCUCCCGGUGGAAGGUGGCCGUGGCGGGAAAUCUGGUGGUGGUCAAAAGACACUCUUACCACGAGUGGAAAAGGUUCAACACGCCGAGAGAGGGGCCAUGCUCAAAUCCAUAUGAAGAUAUCCACACUUUGUUGGGAAACGCACACGGCAUGCCCUGCGCGUUGCCCUUUAAGUACAACAACAAAUGGUACUCGGAGUGCACCACCGAGGGCCGCGAAGAUCAUUUCCCGUGGUGCUCGACCACCACCAGAUACGACCAAGCGGAAAAAUGGGGUUUCUGUCCCGUCCAUGAUUACAGUUGCGAACAUUUCUGGGAGUCCAACCAGGAGCUGCGUGCUUGCUAUCAGUUCAACUUGUACACCAUCCUCACCUGGAGUCAAGCGAUGCUGACGUGUCAGGCUCAGGGUGGGAACCUGCUCAGCAUCACUAGCUUGGCAGAGCACAGGUACAUCACAGAUCGCAUGCGGAGUGUUGGCGCAAUGGUGUGGAUCGGGCUCAACCACUUGAAGGACGGUCGGGGGUGGGAGUGGUCUGAUGGCGCACCUCUGUCCUUGGUUAAUUUCACAACAGCGCUGCCGGCCAGCCCGCUCGAGGACAACAGACAGUGCGGCGUGUACAACUCGGGCCCCGACGGACUCUGGCGGAGUCUUUCCUGCGAGUCGGCUCUGCCUUACAUCUGCAAGAAGACGCCCAACGGCACGCGGAGAGCCGAGCCGCUCGAGAACUGGCAGUAUGUCCAUACGGUGUGUGAUGAAGGCUGGCUGCCUCAUAACGGUUUCUGCUACCAGAUCCUGGAGGAUCCCAGAAGCUGGCAGGACUCUUCCCAGGCUUGCGUCUCUCGUAACGCCAACCUCACCGGCGUUCGCUCUCUCUCCGAGGUGGAGAUGCUGCACAGUCUUCUGGCUAACUAUUCUGGCGAGAGUUCAGGAAUGUGGAUUGGUCUGUGGAAAGGAGCCUCUUCUGAGACCGUGGAGUGGUCCGAUGGCUCGGCAGUAACUCUCACGAUGUGGCACCAAUACCAGCCUCCUCGCAACCUGAGCGGCGCGAGCCUCUGCGCCAAGGCCGACAGGAAGGACGGUACCUGGCUUUUGGUUUCGUGCGACGAGCGAUUUCCCGCCGUGUGCCGAAAAGACAGCCAUCGUCAAUCGGUUGCGAAACCCGCAACUUGGGACGAAGGCUGCCCUGAGGGCUGGAAGCGUUACGGUCACUCCUGCUACACGGUCACCAGGCACGAACAGAUUUUUAAGGAUGCACAGAGCGGCUAUUACUGCAACGCAGCUCUCCUUACCGUGGCCAACAGGUUCGAGCAAGCCUUUGUCAAGAGUUUGCUGAGCGCUAACGGGGCCAACGGCAGCACGUCGUACUGGAUCGGCCUCACGGACUCGGGGGAGAGCGGAGAAUACGGAUGGGUUCAUCACAAUGGGUCGGCUCUCCCGCUCACCUUCACAAACUGGAACAAACAUCAGCCGGUGAGUUCCAACGGCUGCGUUGCAAUGUCGGGUGGUCCCGCUCUGGGCCGCUGGGAGGUGAAAAACUGCAAUACCCACAAAGCCUUCUCAGUUUGUAAGCAGAGCAUCAGCGGCUACCGGGAAGUCCAGCUGCAACCGGAAGCCGGCAUUGACGCCUUCAGCGCCUGCCCUCCGGGAUGGGAAUCACAAACUGGUCUCCUCCACUGUUUUAAGGUUUUCCAUGACGAAAAGGUUCUCAUGAGACGUUCCUGGGUCGAAGCGGACUACUUUUGCCAGGCGCUCGGAGCCCAGCUGGCCAGUUUCCGCCGCUACGAGGAGCAGUUGUUUCUCAAGCGGCUCCUCGGUACCAUCUUCGAAGGAACAGAGGGUCGCUGGUUGUGGGUCGGCUUCAAUAAGAGAGACCCCGAACAUCCGGGAGCUUGGGAAUGGUCCGACGGCUCCCCAGUGCUGACCUCUUUCGUCGAGGACAAAAAUGAUGAGGAUGACAGGAGGGACUGCGCGGCGUACAGCGACCUGCCCAACAGUCUCGCGCCGCGGCCCUGCGAAAGCAAAUACGAGUGGAUCUGUAAGCUGCCCAGAGGAGGGCAACUGAAAAAACCCUACUGGUAUACUGAGCAGAGCGAGCCGUGGGUGUUUUACCGCGGAGCCGAGUACCUGGUGGCCAAGCAGCCUUUCAGCUGGGAUGCCGUCUCUCUCGCCUGCCAGAUGAUGGGCGCGUACCUGCUGUCCAUUCACUCCCGAGAGGAGCUGAACUUUGUCAAGGAGCGCUUGCAACGGCUGUCCCUCGGGCCCAGUGACUGGUGGAUCGGUCUUUCCGUCGACCAGCACGGAGAGGAGGUCAGGUGGAGUGACAAGACAGAGGUCGACUUCCACAACUGGGCAGGGGCCAACGGUGGCCAUGACGGUAGAAAAACUGGGUUGUGUGUCGCCAUGUCCUCAUCGACAGGAAAGUGGUCGGCCAACCAAUGUAGCGGACUUCACGGAUACGUUUGCAAGAGAAAGACCGUCUCUGUCGUGGAGACUCCGAGGGAGCCGCACUACAUUGGAGGGUGUCCGGAGAAAUGGAUGUACUUUGGACACAAGUGUCUCCUGCUUCACCUCCCUGACACGCCGAAGGAGGGAAAGAGUUGGAACGACGCCCGGUCCAUCUGCUCCUCAUUCCAAGGCUCACUCGUGGCGAUAGAAGAUGAGAUUGAACAAGCAUACAUCACCAUGUUGCUUCAGGGGAUCUCUGUAGGCGUUUGGAUUGGGCUGUGGAAUCAAGACACCAUGAAAUGGAUAAACGGGAGACCGGUCAGCUAUACCAACUGGUCUCCCAUUGAGCCAAAGAAUAACCUCAAUGAGGAGGAGUUGCUCACCGGCUUCGCUGACGAGCCGCUGUGCGCCGUGCUGUCCAACAACCACAACGUCCACCUGACUGGGAAGUGGUACGAUGAGAAGUGCACUGACGAUGGCUACGGCUUUGUUUGCCAAAAACCUCAAGAUACGUCCAAACCCCCCAGCCACUCGUCCCGCCACCCGCUCCCUGACAGCCUUGAGUACAAAAGCCGCAGUUACAAGGUGGUUUCGGGCAACAUGAGCUGGUACGAGGCCAUGCACGCGUGCAUUGACAACGACUCGGACCUCGUGAGCGUCACCGACGCCUACCACCAGGCUUUCCUGACGGUCCUCGUCAAUAGAUUGGGAGUCCCACACUGGAUCGGACUGUACAGUCAAGACAGCGGGAUCAACUAUCAGUGGUCGGAUGGCAGCGACACCGUGUACACGCACUGGGAUUCGGCCGAAGACGACUUCGACACGGGAGAAUGCGUUUACAUGGACGUGAACGGGGGAUGGCGGCGAGCCGACUGCGAAACCUUUCUACCGGGAGCCUUGUGCCACGUUCCUCCGCCAACGAACAAGCCGUUCACCUCCUACGAGUUGGUGUGCCCCUCGACGUGGGUGAAAUUUGGCCACGUCUGUUACAAUUUUGAGCCCGCGGUGCAGCGGCUGACUUUUGAGGAGGCGCGAGACCACUGCAGGCGGAAAGGCAACACUUCGGACGUCCUGUCCAUCGAGAAUGAGGCGGAGAACCGUUUUGUCCUGGAGCAGCUGUGGACUUCAGGGUUCCUCCACCAGAACAUGUGGUUGGGCCUUUACUUCAACAUCGACACCGGGUCGACGGCCUGGGUCGACGGUUCUCCUCUGGACUUCACCGGCUGGCCCGACAAAGCUCCGGACCCCAAGAUGCUGACCCCCGGCACCUGCGUCAGCACCCGGGCGGCGGACGGAGUGUGGCGCCUGUCGGGGUGCACCGAGCGCCUCGGCUUCGUCUGCAAAACCGCCUCGGUUGAGCAAGAUGCAACUACCGAGGUGGAAAUGAAACCAUUCAAAGGAUUACACGACGGCGUCAUCCUCGCCGCCGUUCUGGCGGCCGCGUUGAUGUCUGCCCUGCUGGCGGGAGCGCUGUGCUUUGCGUACCGGAGAAACGCGGCCCAUUUUUGGGGGCUCCCCGCGCUCGCCACCGCCUACUACCGUCAGACGGGCUCCCAGGCCACAGAGUCGGACGGUAACGUGCUGAUCGCGGAGCUGGAGGAUCACUCGGGAUGACGUUUUCAAGGCUGACGUCGCAACUUCCAUUCACAACAGGGUCGACUUCCCGCUCGCACAUAUUUUCUAAUUUGUACAUUUGAAUUAUUGGCCAAAUAAUCCCGGCGAAAAUUUUAUUUUGUCAGUAUUACUAAUAUUGGAUGUAAAUACGUGUUUUGUUGUUUUUUUUUUAUGUUGAAAGCUGCCAAACCUCAAAUCUCCGAAGUUUAUGGAAAUGUUUUGAGCAUUCGUUGCACAUCUUUAAUAUUCCGCUCAAACUGUAUGCAUUAGUACAUAUUUUGUCUUCACGAGUAAAACAAUAUAGAACGGCAAGAUGAGAACAACUGUGACUUACUUGUAAUAUUUUCCCCUAGAACUGCCAUUUCUGGCCUUAUGGCACAUAAUUAAACGAUAACCUUAUAAACUCCUGUGCAGCAUGACGCACACUACUAAGCUGUCAUGCGCUACAAACCUCCUGGAUCCUGGAGUAGUUCAGUGUCGCUAUUAACCUGUAUUUGUCCUACUAGUAUGACAUUUCUGCAUGAGUGAGGACCAAGAGGGUACUAGUAGAUGGCCAUCACAUGCUAAUUGCACAACUAGUAGGACAACGAAGUACUAGUGUGCAUCUUCUGCUACUAGUAGUGUCCAGAUUACUAGUGCAUGACAGAUACCUACCAUUACUAGUGCACUGCAGUAAGUUACUCGUAAUGCUGAAUUGUGUGCUAUUACACCAAAUAUAGUGCCAGUAGUGGAAAAUUUUACCCUUAAGACAGUUGAGUUCUAGUAGUCAUGUGCUGAAUUGUCUUACUAGUGAGGACGAGGAGCAUACAAGUACAUAAAUGCUCAAACUCCUUUCCGUCCAAGGUGACGUAGACUUUAAUGGAUGUGUUAUUUGUUGCAAAGCAAGCAAUGAGUGGUAAUUUACACAUUUGUGUGUACACUAGUUCAAUAAAUUCACGGUGGG